AUGGAACGCAGAAGAUACUCUCCGGAAAGGGACCGUCCGCGGUCUCCCGUCCACCCCACCCAUCUGGCCAAAAGGAACGAAAGGGAACGGAAGAGGGUGAGGAUGGUCAACCUGGCCUUUGCCCUUCUACGACAGCACGUGCCACCCUCUUCGCCCAACAAGAAGCCCAGCAAGGUGGAGACCCUGCGCUCGGCCAUCCGCUACAUCCGUCAUCUUCAGUUAAUGUUGGCUCGGGCCGACUCUUCUCUGUACCCGUCCGAGAGGGGUGCCGACGCUCCGGAACAGGAACUGUACGUUGCUCGUCCACACUGA